AUGACUAAAUUAGCAUUGGUAGUUGUUGACUUACAAGAAGAUUUCCUUCCACCUGAUGGAUCAUUAGCAAUUAAAGAUGGUCGUUCAAUUGUUCCAGAUAUCAAUAAAUUAUUAAUUGAUCCAAAAUAUAAAUGGUCGUUGGUUAUAGCUACUCAAGAUUGGCAUCCAGCAAAUCAUAUUUCAUUUGCGUCUCAACAUAAUGUGGAUCCAUAUACUGAAUUGACGUUCAAACACCCUAAAGGAGAGAUUGAUCCAACUACAAAUGAAGUGAAAACUAUGAAGCAGUUUGUUUGGCCUGAUCAUUGUGUUCAGAAUUCAAAGGGGGCAAGUCUUGAACCUACUUUUGAGAAAUCCUUUGGGUCAGUUCCUACACCUCUGGCAAAUGUGAAAAAGGGGUAUUUGGAAGAUCGAGAAUAUUAUUCAUGUUUCCAAGAUUGUUGGGGCUUACACCAUACUGAGAUUUUAGAUUUAUUGAAAAAAGAUGAGAUUACAGAUGUUGUAUUUGUUGGUUUAGCUUACGAUUUCUGUGUAUUGAAUUCUGCUAUUGAUUGUGCAAAAAAUGGGUUUAAUACAUUUGUUUUCAAACAAUACACCAAAAGUGUUUAUCCUGAUAAGGAAAAGGAUACUGAUCAGCUAUACGCAGACAAUGGGGUAAAGAUAAUUGAAGAUGUAUCACAGUUUGUUACUAAUCCCUAG